AUGUUUAUGUGGAAGACACUCUUGUUCAAGAAGAAAACACAUAAGAAAGAUCAAAAGAAGAAUGACUCGCAUUCCAACUCGCAUGCCAACUUGCCAUCACCAUCACCUUUGACGCGCUCCAGCUCACCAUCAUCAUCGCGUUUGACACGCUCCAGCUCAAUCCAUCAUUCAAAAUGCUUUGAUUACGUGGUUCCUGAUGAUUUGGCUUCCGAGUAUCAGAGAAUGAAUGAACUGAGUUCCAACGAGGCAGGCUCUAGUCAUGGUGCACAACAGUCAUCACAUGAGAGCCCUCGAGGUCCUGUUUUUCAGGAGUCGUGCAAGACUCGUGGUAGCAUAAAUGGCAAGCAUAUAUUGGAUGCAGAAUCACCAUGCCAGACUCUACCGGAGAAAGUUCCUAGUGAAAAUGAGGUCUCCUCUAAGCAGAAAAAUCUUGAUGAUUCAACACAUCAGUCGAAGGAGUUCUUGGAUUUCCUUGAAUUGUUCAAUGCACACAGAGAACUAUUUCUGAAGAUUCUUCAUGAUCCUUCAUUGCUAGUACCACCUGAACAGCAAGAUCAAGAAGCUUCCUCAAGCCAUGGGGUACCGAUGAGUAAAUUAGAAUCAUUCCCAAGACCAGGAGGAUCAUCAGGGAAGCGCAACCCAAUAUUUGAUCGGAGUGAUAGUGAGAAAAGUAGAAGGGCAGAAAUUCAGAGGUCACCGUCAAGGCCUAAAGGUGACCUAGAAGGCGUAAAAGUCAUCAGUGCAAGGAUGCCUAGUGGCGUUGAGGCCUCAACGGUUUCUCUUGUAGAAUCAAGAAGCCUAAAGAAAAAUGGAACCACUUCCAAUCGAUUUAAAGCUAUAAGUAAGAAGAUCAAAGAUGUCGUAAAGGAUAACCGGAGAGAGCUUGCUAGGAUUACAAAGGAUGGAGUUUUUCAUAAAAUGCCCUAUGGCCAAAAGAUGGUUGAAUUAACCAAGACCGCCUCCACGAAGAAAUUUGUCCAGGAGGAGAAACAAAUACGAAGAUCAUACUCUAUUGCAGAAUCAGUAGACAAGUACUCAACACUCUAUGAUUCGAUAUCGAGGGAAUCAAAAUCUUUUCAAGAAAGACCAAGUACUAGUACUGCACUGGAAGAUGGUGCAAGCUUACAUGUUAAGAAGUCACCGAUGCACAUGAAAAGAAUAAUUUCUCUUCCAGAAAUGCAGUUAUAUUCACCUCAUAGAAAUGCUCUUAUUGAAGUUCCAGAUUCUUGUACUAUGCCCAAGACUUGCAAUAUAGAACCUGCUCACUCUUCUUCAAGCAAAAAUGGUUCUACUAAUAUCUACACAGAAGGAAAUUAUUACCCUGACGACAUUUAUAGUGAGCAAUAUGAUGGAGAAAGUGCUUACCUUGGCUCCCUAGAAGAGGAUUUACGCAGCAUUCUUCGAACUCCCAGUUUAUCUUCAUUUGCUCAGUCUUUCUCCCAUCGACGUAUCAACAGUUUGCCUUCUUUUGACCGCUCUUUUUUGCAAGAUCACAACUAUAGUUUUACCGAGCAUUCUGUAGCAGAUUCAGAGCCGACAUUUGAACACAUGCAACUUGAGGAUGAUGAGUGGUUGGUCAAGCCAUCACAGCUUUCAGGAGAAUGUGCUGCCGAUUCCGGGGAUGAGGAGUGGCUAAUUAGACCACUGCAGCCCUCAAGCAUCAAUGUUACAGAUCAUGAGGAUGAAGAGUGGGUGAUCGAGACACCACAUCUGCUAGGUGCAAAUGCUGUCGAGGAUGAAGAGUGGUUGGUCAAGCCAGCGCAACCCUUGAAUGCUGAUGGUUUGAAUUCAGAGCUCCGCUUUUUACAGGAAAAUGAUACAAGGUCCUUGCGUAUUUACGUCAAUGACAAGAAUGAGGCUGAUUUCCAGUACGUGAAGGACAUCCUCAAGAAAUCCGGGUUUAGCUGUGGCGACGCUGAUUGGUAUGCAACCAACCAGCCAGUCAGUCCAGUCAUCUUCGAGGAGGCAGAAUGCUCAUCUCACGAUCUUGAUAUGGCCAGCGACGAGCCUCACAGCAUCGCAAGGCGUAUGCUCCUGUUCGAUAUCAUCAACGAAGUACUGAUGCACAUCUACGACUCUUCCCUGGUCAAUGGCCCGUGGCAUUCGCGCUUUGAUCCACGAACCAGGCCGAUACCCAUGGGGUCCCACGUCCUAGAGGAGGUGUGGGCAAAUGUUAGCUGCUACCUAAGCCUGCAGUGGAAGCCGAAUCACACAGUGGAUGAUGUUGUGGCGUAUGAUAUCAUGCGGAAGGAUAACUGGAUGAAUCUGUUGUACGACGUGGAGUGUGUCGCGCUAGACCUGGAGGAUCUGAUGCUGGAGGACCUUCUGGAUGAUGUUGUACUUCAGAUAGUGUUAAUAUCUAUCGACGAAUGAUAAUUGAGAGUUAAUUUUCCCUGAACGGGUAGCAGUGCAUAGAUGUUUGUAGACAUAGAAAGCAGAAUAUCCAGGAAGUAGAUAGAUAGAUGUCUGAACAGAUCGUUUGAAAUACAUAUCUUCAUUCUGUGUU